GAAAAGCGCAGAAGGGGGAAAAAAGGAGAUGAAAACAGUUAGGAAAAGGGAAAAAAAGAGGAACAGCGGUUCAACUUACUUCUUUAUUUUAUUACCUUGAUGGGAAAUGUUUAUCUUUGCUCUUGUGCCGCAAGUAUUUUCGUUAUGCCGUAAGAGCUGAAGAUUUAAAAAAAGAAGGAUCUUUUUUUUUUCAGGAAUCCUGCCUCCAAACUGCUGUCACGAUUGAAGGAGGUAACGCUGAGCAGGGGGCUCAUCUGAUCAAGGAGGGAUUCAAUCAAGAUUAGAACAGACAGGCUUUAAGUUUUUUUUAUUAUUAUUUUCCAAUCAGCAUUAAGGUUGCUUUCCCCCCCCCUACUGCAUCGGAUUCCUCUGGACAGGAUGUCAUUUGCAUUCAGGAGGAGCUCCUCCGGCUGACUGAGGGACACAGACGCACAGACGGACGAUGGGAGAUGCGCCAGAGGACAGAGGGAUGAGACGCACAUUUAUCGUUCCUGCCAUCAAGAGCUUCGAUCACUACGACUUCACCAGGGCCAAGAUCUCCUGCAGCCUGACGUGGCUGGUGGCCAAGGCUUUCGGCUCGGAUGCUGUUCCAGAGGAGCUGGUUGAGCCUUUCUACAAGGACCAAUACAAUCAGGAACACCUGAAGCCUCCGGUCGCCUGCCUGCUUCAGUCUGCAGAGCUGUACUGCCGUGCAGGAAGCCUUAUCCUCCGCAGCGAUGCUGUCAAACCUUUACUGGGACACAAUGCCGUCAUCCAAGCCCUGGCCCAGAAGGGGCUGUAUGUCACUGACCAGGACAGACUGGUCACUGAGAGAGACCUGACCAGCACGCCCAUACACAUGACCUCCCAUCUGGCGCUCAUUGAUACCUUAAUGAUGGCCUACACCGUGGAGAUGGUGAGCGUGGAGAGGGUGAUGUCCUGCAUCAACAAGUACUCGUCUGCCGAACGGUUUCACGGCGAUGGACUGGUCCAGGGGCUGCCGUACGAUACGGAGGAUGCAAUCACAACCUGGAUCAACAAGGUGAACGAACAUCUGAGGGACGUCCUCAUUGAGGAGCAGAAGUUUAGAGAAGCUUCCCUUCAAGAGACAAACGCCACAACGCAUAAGUCUUCUAGCAAAUGGUACUGGAGAUUAGUACCUGCCCGGUACAGAAGAGAGCAUGCCCAGAAGAAUAUUCCGUCUCUCCCCCUGGUGGAGAACUUGUUAAAGGAUAACACAGACGGCUGUGCCCUCGCCGCCCUGCUGCACUUCUACUGCCCACAGGCCGUCCGUCUGGAAGACAUUUGCCUUAAGGAGACCAUGUCUCUGGCGGACAGUCUGUACAACCUCCAGCUGGUGCAGGAGUUCUGCAGGAACAACCUCAAUCACUGCUGCCACUUUACCCUGGAGGACAUGCUCUACACCCAUGCAUCCAUAAAGAGUAACUAUCUGGUGUUCAUGGCUGAGCUUUUCUGGUGGUUCGAGGUUGUGAAACCUUCAUUUGUUCAGCCCAGAGUCUUCGACCCAAACGCCUGUGAGCCUGUAUCAUUCUGCAGAGAGAUGCCUCCUGUGUCCAGUCCUGUCAAACAGAACUAUGCAGACAGACCUUCAAGUCCAGAGAACCACAUCACUGAAGGCCUAAUAAAGAGAUCUACCUCCAUGUCCUACGUUGAUGGUUGUGGUGGGACGUGGCCCAAAGAAAAACACUCCUCCUCUCGGGGAAUCUCCUUUGAGAUCCCCCUGGAUGGAGAACCAACAUUGCCACCAAAUGAGGCUUCUUCUCCCCGCUCUAUGACCCGCUCAGCAAGUAGUGACGGCCUGGGGUUCAAAGUUCAUUAUGCAUCUCGAGGAGGCAUGAAACGCCACCUCUCCCUGACACCGGCAGACGUUAACGGACAGGGCAGACAGAUCCCAGAAGAGGAGGACGACUUGGCUUCUCACAAACCCUUGGGACGAAAAAACACUUUCUCUAUCAAGAACCAAAGCAGGUACCCCAACGGAGUCCUACCAGACAACAGCAGCCCCAGUAGCUGCCAAGGGAAUCACUCCGACCACAUCAGCCCAUCAACUCCUCCAAGCAUUGAAGAAGCCCUCAAGAUCAUCCACGAUACAGAAAGGCCCCACGCCAGCCUGGGUGUUGGAGACGGAGACAAUGGCUUCUUUCUGCAUGGGGCCGAGCCUUCGUACCCUCCGGGGGCUCAUGCUCCUGGGGAGGACCUGGAUUCAGCGAAGGCUCGGGCAAAUGACCGAGACCCCAACUCUGCAUCGACGGAUGAAGUUGACACGGGCAUCCAUGUGCGAACAGAAGACAUCCAGAGUUUGGAUGAGGACUCCUCGUCUCUGAGAGACUAUUCAGAUAUUGACCCGGACUGUGAGGCUAUGGCGAGGUCGUGUCCAUUGCCUGGCAAGCAUGAGAGGAACACGGAAGGAGGACACAAGAAAGGAAGGGAAGCCAUCUCUGAAGGGGAAGGGGGACAUGGAGGUGACAGGGGCAGCCCAUGUCCCAGUUCUGCACCCAUGCUCACCAGGUCUUAUACUUGCAGUCCUGCCUCCUCAUCCGGUGGUUCCGGUGGGGGUCUGGUGCGAAUGACCAGCUUUGCAGAGCUGAAGUUCAGGAAGUUAGAAGGCAGGAGCAGCGGAGGAACCACGACUCCAGACAGCUCUGAUCUCAAUGUGCCCUACAUUCGCUCAGCCGGAACUACGUCCUCUCAGUUCUCUACACCUCCCCUGCCGAUCACUUCACCUUCGCCAGCUACGCCUUCACCCAGAGACCCCUCCCACUUCAUAGCCUCAGAGAUGAUUCAGCUUAGAAUGAAGCUGGAAGAGAAAAGGAGAGCUAUUGAAGCCCAAAAGAAGAAGGUAGAAGCAGCUUUUACCCGGCACCGGCAGAAAAUGGGCAGAACAGCCUUCCUGAAUGUUGUGAAAAGGAAAGGAGUGACAGCCCCACUCAGCCCAAACUCAGGAGGGGCAGAAAAACCCUUACCUGAGCCAAUCAAUUUAAAGGAGGGUAACGUGGAGCAGGUGGAACGGUGCAAGCCUGACGGAGCAGCUCCGAAAUCUCCCUGUGAAGACGGCGGGGGCAUGACCCCUGGAGAGGUUGACCUUGCAGAAUACACACGUUCCAUUGAAAGGCUGAACACGUCGCUGGGCUUCCUGCAGACAGAGAUGCAGCGUUUGGCCCAGCAGCAGGAGAAGAUCAUGGCCAUGAGAGACCAGCAGCAACAGGCGUGGGUGAUCCCGCCUCCUGCCCCCUCUCCACACAGGCAGCUCCGCGAGCUGCGCAGCAGCAGUGUGACAGGCAGAGGAUCGGGCCGAGGGUCGGUAGGAUCCUUGUCACCGAUUCUGUCCUCUUCUGGGUCUCCACGUCCAACCAACCGUUCACCUGCAGGCAUCAAACGACGGCCUGCCUCAUUUCAUGCCAGAACGCCUCGGACUCCCCGUCCAAACGAUCUGAAGGUCAGCCCCAUCAGCAGAAUGCUCAACACUCCCACCUCGGUGGACAGUCUGCCCAGACUGAGACGCUUUAACUCCAGCCAAACCCAGCAGAGCUCUUUCGCCUACCUUGGGCGGGAUGAAGAGGCCAGGGAAAAACACGACCCAGACACCAAAGACAACAAAGAGGACCCUAAACAAACAGAGGAGACCGUAGAGAAGAGGAAGGAUGAAGAAGCCAAAGAAAAGAUCAAAAAACAAAUAAAAGAAAGGACAGAGUUUAAGGAAGACUCAAAGAUGUCUGAGGUUUUGCACCAGCCGGUUUCAGAGAUCAAAGUUGAAGAUGUUAGCCAGACUCAAAAUGACCACCAAGAAAGGAAGGACCUGGUGGAGGUGCCGCUCUCUCGGCUAAAGCCAGCCGGCAUCCAGGGUCAGGAGAGCACAGAGGAUGGAGAACAAGGAGGAGAAAUAUUUGGAGAUGACCAAAAGAUGUGCUGUGGGUUCUUCUUUAAGGAUGAUGUGAAAGGAGAAGAGGACAUGGCAGCAAAGAAAGCAGCUCUAUUGGAGAAGAGGCUUCGGAGGGAGAAGGAAACUCAGCAGAAAAAGCAACAGCAGGAGCUGGAACAGGAGCAGAAGAAAGAAGCUGAACGAGUGAAAGCAGAGGAGGAGCAAGUUAAGAAGGAUGACGAGAAGGCAAGGAGGGACUACAUCAAGAAUGAAUAUCUAAGGAGGAGGCAGCUCAAACUGAUGGAGGACAUGGAUGAAGUCAUCAAGCCUCGUAGUGGAAGUCUCAAGAAAAAACAGCGGCCUAAAUCCAUCCACAGGGACGUGAUGGAGUCAUCUACUCCUCCUGUCAGAACGACAGGUGUGCGUCCUCGGGGCUUCUCUGUCUCAAGUGUUUCGCUAGCUUCCCUCAAUCUGGCUGACAGCGACAGAGACCAGCCAGAUAACAGGAAAAACAACAGAGGCAGCAAACUAGCUUCUGCCCAUAUCCCGUUUUUUUUAAGCUCCCCCAAAGACAGAAAGGGAAGGCCAGACUCAGCAGAGGGCUUUUCGUCUUGUCCUUCGGCCGGCAGUCGUAAUGGAGAAAAAGACUGGGAGAACGACUCGACCACCUCCUCCACACCCUCCAACACAGAAUACACAGGACCAAAACUGUACAAGGAGCCUAGUGCAAAAUCCAACAAGCACAUCAUCCAAAAUGCCCUAGCUCACUGCUGCCUGGCUGGGAAAGUCAACGAAGGGCAGAAAAACAAGAUACUUGAUGAAAUGGAGAAAUCUGAAGCCAAUAACUUCCUGGUGUUAUUCCGUGACUCUGGGUGUCAGUUCAGGUCUGUCUACACGUAUUGCCCUGAAACCGAAGAGAUCACCAAACUGGCCGGUAUUGGCCCUAAAACCAUUACCACCAAGAUGAUCGAGACUCUUUACAAGUACAACUCGGACAGGAAGCAGUUCAGCAAGAUCCCAGCUAAGACCAUGUCUGCCAGUGUGGAUGCCAUCACCAUUCCCAACCACCUGUGGCAAACUAAAAAGCAGGGGACGCCCAAAAAACAUCCAAAGUAGUGCCAGGUGAUGGGGCAGCAUCUGGAAUUACUCCGUCAAAUCAAACAGCUUGUAGAGGACGAUUCUUUUUUUUUUUUAUUAGACAAACACCAGUUACCAUUCCCUAAAAGUCACAACUGGAAUUUCAAAAUACAUGAUUAACACAUAAAGAUAAUACAAAGCUGGCUAUGACACUACUUCCAUUGGGCACAAGUGUUUUCUUGUCAGCAUGUGUGUCAAUGUUCUCAUGUGCCAAAAAAGAAAAGAUACCAGGUGAGCCGAUGCCUUACCAAGCUUAACUAUAGAAGCACUGAAUGUCACGCCUCUCAGAGGCACUUUGGAUUUCCUUCGUUUAUCUUAUAUAGCCUUAUGCUUGUUCUGUCAUGGAUGCUCUGUGGGUGUUUGUGUCAUUUUGUUCUCUGUACACACAGAUCUGAGAUCAGAUUACCCGAAUGAAGGGUGGACUCUCUGUGAUCAGAAGCAGCAUAUUUGAUGCAACUUCUGCUGCUAAAAAAAGCAUGUUUUUAAUUGUUUUUUGUUUUUUCCUUUUUUACAUGUCACUGACAUCCCUAUAAACAGGUUAUAUUUCAGUAUGUUUGUGUGUGAGUGUGUGCACAUACAGUGAAGUGCCAAACAGUGCGUCAAUUGGAGAAUGCAUUAGUUGAAGGAGUGCGUAAGGAUGUGUCCCAUCAAACGGUUCUGGAAAACACCUGCAAUAUACUUUUUAAUUUAUUUUAUUUUGGUAUAUUUCUGAAGAUAUCUUAAGCUUUAUUUGGAAUCCUCUGAAAUCCAUCGCAUACAUUAGUUACAUGUGUUUGUAUAUAAUGAAGCAAGUCAGCUCUUGGUAGCAUUUAAGUAGCUUUUGUAAUUGAUCACUUUGAUGUUUGCUGGUUUCUCUGGGACCUUUUAUUGUGCUGCAGAUGCAGAUGAGUCCCAUCUCUCAACAGCAUUACUGAAACAACUACCAUGAGAUAUAAAUCUGUGUCAUCAAGAUGUGCAGUGAUUUAAAUGCUAACUUUUGACCAUGCUGCAGAGUAAACAAAUGAUUAAAAAUGUCACAUAGAGGUGUUGUGUGUUCUCUGUGGUCUGGAUUAAGAUUAAUUGUAAAUACAAAGAUGAACUUACUGUACCCACACUAGCUGUUUCAGACUCUCUCCACUACUGUCAUGUUUCAUCCAAGAUCUUUCUGCAUUGUUACUGCCGGUCCUUUUCACUUUACUGUUGCAUUUUUACGUCAGGCAUUCCUUUCAGUAUGUGUUGACUCUGUACAGAUAUAUUUUGACAUAUAAGAAGUAUUUUUUGUAAGGAUAUUUACUAGUCGGAAGUGUGCACUAAUGAAGCAGUACAGUUAUGGAAGGAUAUGUGCUUGAAUGCAAAGUUCUGCUUUUUUUUCAAGUUCUGGAUUCAUUUUGUUUUGAAUCAGGAAAAUAUGAUCAAUAUUUCAUGCAUUUCUGUUCUGUUUGUUUUUAUUUUUGUUUUUAAUUGUUCUUUUCUGUUUUAUUAAAAAGCCAGCUCUUAACAG